CCGCCUCCCAACACAGCACCACGAACCACGGGUCCAACAACCCGGCCCCGUCGACGUCAGCGGCAACAACACCAACACCACAGCAACCUGCACCACCAUCAUCAGCACCACACCCACCCCCCACCCCACCUCACAAUGCCACCCCCCACAACCCUCCCCACAAUCGACAUCUCGCCCUUCCUCCACUCCUCCUCCACCCCCGCCGCGCGCGCCGCCACCGCCGCAGCGCUCGCCCACGCCUGCGCCGCCUCCGGCUUCUUCUACCUGACAGGCCACGGCAUCGCAGACAGCACGCUCGCGCACGUCGUCGAGCUCGCGCGGCGCUUCUUCCUCGAGAGCAGCGACGACGAAAAAGCAAGGAUUGCGCGCCGCGGUGUUAGUGAGGGUGGGGACGGGGCGCGCGGCUAUCAGCGCGUGGGCGAGAACGUUACUUUGGGGCGGAGGGACUGGCAUGAGGCGGUGGAUUUGUAUCGUGAGUUUUGCGAGGGCGAGGAGGAGGGCUUUGGAGGUAAGGAGGAUGGCUUGCUGAGGGGACGGAACUUGUGGCCUAGGCAUCCGCCCGAGUUGAGGGAUUUGCUGGAGGCGUAUGUGGAAAGGGUGAAAGGGGUGGGGACGGCGGUUGUAAGGGCCAUGGGAUGCGCGUUGGGGGAGGGGCUGGAGGAGGUGUUUGUGCGGGAGACGGGGAAGAGUUUUUGGGUGUUAAGGAUGGUGGGGUAUCCGGGGUUGCCUGAGGAGGGGGCCGAGGACGAUGACGGUGACGGCGAGGAGGAGGGGGAAAGGGACAUGGGCAGGGGGGUCAGCUGUGGUGAACAUACCGACUACGGCUGCAUAACCCUACUCCUCGCCGACGCCACCCCCAACGCCCUCCAAGUCCGCACCCGCGACGGAGCCUGGAUUAGCGCAGACCCGGUGCCUGGCGCCUUCGUCGUCAAUAUCGGCGACAUGAUGGAGCGGUGGACGAACGGGUUAUGGAAGAGCACCCCGCACCGCGUCGUCCAUCGGGGCAGUGGCUACCGCGUCAGCGUGCCGUUUUUCUUUGAGCCGGACUUUGGCGCCAGGGUUAGGCCGCUGGAGAGGUGUGUCCAGCUUACUGGUGGCGUGGAGAGGUAUUCUGAGGUGGCGUAUGGUGAGUUUUUGAUGCGGAAGAUUAGGGGGAAUUUCGUUUAGGAUGAAUCAACUCCCAACACCUUGUAGGUAGUUGCUUCGUAGGCAGCUGACGUCGUAUUGUCAACAAGCAAAGCCCGAGUCGAGCGUGUGUUGAGUGGGG